GGCGGUGGGCUGACCCGCUUUUCGCCCGGCACGGCACACCCUAGGGGCAUGUGUCCGGCUUCCGCCCUUCCCUCCAGCCUCUUCGACCAGAGGCUGGGGGGUUGAUUUUAUUUUGUCUUUCGGGCGGGAGGGUUUUUCCAGCAGGAACCGAAGAAUUCCUGAUAAGACAAAGGCUGAAGGUCACCGUCCAGGAGUCACCGGCAAAGGUGUUGCCUUUCCCUCAGGAACUAGUAUUUGGAUGGGAAGUAUCAAAAUGGAGGAGCCAUGGUGGAAAGGAGACCUUGCAACAGAGAUUCAUCGAACUCUGAGACUGAAGGAGCUGAAACUCCCUGUGUACAAGGCUCAUUCUUCACAAAUGGGGAUGCGGCGCUAUUUGGCUGACCUCUUGACUAUCCUCAGCAGCCGCUGCCAACUCUGCCCCACAGCCCGGCACCUCGCAGUCUACUUGCUGGACCUCUUUAUGGACCGCUAUGAUGUUGCCGUCAAACAACUAUGCGUCAUCUCAGUCGCUUGUCUUCUUCUUGCAAGCAAAUUUGAAGAGAAGGAGGAUAAAGUGCCAAAGCUAGAGCAGCUGAACAGCUUUGCUUACAUGUGCCACCUCAACUUGGCGCUGACGAAAAAAGACCUGCUGAAGAUGGAACUGCUGCUCUUAGAAAGCUUCAACUGGAACCUUUGUCUGCCAACACCAGCACACUACAUUGACUACUACCUCUUGGCCUCUGUUAGCGAGACUGACCUACACAAUGGCUGGCCUAUCACAUCCAUAACCAAAAUCAGAGCUUUCAUGGAGAAAUACGCUCACUAUUUCCUGAAAGUCUCACUGCAAGAUCACAUUUUCCUUUCCUUCCGGCCUUCUGUGGUCGCUGCUGCUUGUGUGGGUGCCUCUCGUGCCUGCCUUGAGAUAUCUCCCUCUUGGACCACACAGCUCGAGAUGCUGACAUGUUAUUCCUGGGAGCAUCUUUCUACAUGCAUAGAAAUGAUGCUCAUAGCUCACAACAAGGACAUCAAAGAAGCCAGUAAGGAUCAAAUGACACUCCUGCAACAGCAGCAGCAAAUUGUGGAAAACCUAGCCCUGCAGACCCCCACACAAGUCCUCUUUCAGCAGUCAAGAUAUCACCCCAUGACACAGCACUCAGCGCUCCUCUCACAGUUCCACUCUCCAAUACAGGAUCUGUGCUCUGCUUACCGGGACUCUUUACAGGCUCCGCGACCUAGUGGCCUUGCUUCAGGGAAUAGUGAUGAUUCACUGCCUUCCUACUCCACCCUGCCAGCCAACUUCCAACCUGUUCUGCAAACCAUGUCCAUUCAAGGGCCCAUUACUAUGCAGGUCGCCAUUUCAUCAGAGCCGAGACACUGUCUUUCUCUGACAUACGGCAGCAGUUAUUUCAGCAGGCAUCAUUCAUACACAGCAGGUUGUUUUGACAGCUGAACAGUAGCAAGAGGAAUUAGUAAUACAUACCACCAAGGUUUUGCUUGCGGUGUGUACCAGGUUGCACCUACCACAUGACAAAAGAGUUCCAUCCUGAAGUUGCUUCACUGGAACUAAAUCAAUCUAUCAGUGAAGCUGGUUUUUGCUUUUAAAGUUCAAAAUGUGGGUGCCUAUCCUGCAGGAAUUAGCAUAGCAGAACUUAUGAAAAAAAUGCAACACUAUACCUCACAACUUUUUCAAUAUGGCUUAAUUAAAUGGUGGUGGGUGGAUGGAUAAUAUAAUUUUCCUUUUAUGGUUCUUCCAUUCAAGAGACUUCUAUGAAUUCGGAAGUGAUGUGAAUUUUAAAAUGGUUCUUUUGAAUAAGGAAACAUGGGGAAAUUUCUGGUUAUCAUCCAACUUUCUUAUUAUAAGAUGGCUGCAGUUCUUAACACUGGAACAUUUUGUAGAUACCUCUCAAAUUGUCUUCAAUCUGUGAAAUUUUCAUGAAGAAUGUUCCUUUCCUUUCUCUGACCAUAUGUUUCACAGAUGUUAUGGUAUAACAAAAAUAUGGUGAAUUGUCAACCAUUUUGGCCUUACCUUUUCUCUUGAGAUGUGGCAUUAGUAGACAGAAACCCAACUGGGUCACAUGUUUAUAGUAUUUUUUUUCUUUAAAAUGCAAUCUUAAAUUACCUCUAAAUAUUUAGGAUGCUGCUUGCCUUACAUAACAAAGUAUCAUUUGUUUGAAGAACGUGGUUUACAAUUUAUGUCAGGGAUUAAUGUUUACUUGAAAAGAAUCUUAGGGGGAAAUAAUAUGUAUUGAGGAAACUGCUGCCUUUUAGCAUAGUAUGGUUAGUAUGAGUUAGUAAGAGUAAAGAUGGACAGAAAUGUAUGUUGAAGAAAACCUUUUAAGCUUCAUGGGUGAAAAUAUCUAAGGUAAUAACUGCAGUCCUUAAACCACUAACUCUGGAUUAACUCUAUAGACAUCCACAAAACCUGACGGUGUCACAUUGCCUUUGUAGGCUAUAAUGAAAUGCUGACCACGGCUUAGUUUAAGUACCACCAUUCAUAACAAAUCUGCUGAUAUAAGCUUGAAUUAACUGGUCAACUCAGAGAGAGACCACCUUUUGCUAUUGUCUGUCCAGAGGCUGGUUUUUCCCAUGCUUUCUAUUCUAAAAGCAUUAGAUGGACAUGAGGAUGGAACUGCCAGUUACAAGAUUAGCAGAAGGUUCUCCCAUUGUCUCUUCCUUGUAAGGCAGCUGUGGAAGGGGGGGGGGCAUAAAGAGGUCAAUCCUCAGGUGAGGAAAGGGCUGCUUAACAUUUGCUAACCUUCCAGUUGUUCUCAGGGCUGUUCUUAAUUUCGUCCCCUUUCUGAAACAAGCUGGACUUCCAAACUGGAAGUGAGUACGGCUGAGGGAGAGAGCAGCAUUUGCAGAGAAAAAUCAAUGAAUAUAGGAAGGGUCACAUUUGCCUACAAAUCGCCCCCUCCACCUGAACAUGUACUUCUGCCCUACGUCCUGUGGCCUCCGCUGAGCAUAGUUCCUCACUGGAUCAUGGCCUUGACCAUUUUUGUGCGAUUAAGCUUCAACCUGUGUCACAAAACAUUAGAACGCCUGAAUGUGAAAUGCUCACUUGAUAUGCAGCUAUUGUUCUGCAGUUGCUGAAAGCCAGUAUUGUUUGUGAAUAAGGUUCUCAGAACUGCAGACCAGACUAUGUGCAAUAUAUUUUUAUUCUGUCUAGUGUUCCUGAGUGUAGUGAUAGGUUAUUUUGCUUUACGUUAUAUGUUUUUUAAAGAGAAAAUCAUUUUAAGAGGGAGUGAUGAGUUGGUUUUUAGGGCAAGGGAUAACUAUUCCCUUUUUGGAUGAAGCUUGGUGUUCAGAAUCAACCAUGUCCCUAAAAUGUGUUUCAGUCCAGACAUGAUACACUCUAACAAAACAUGUAACACAAUAGAGUUGGACUUUUAUCUUUUAAUGAUUUUUUAAAUUAAAAAAUAGUGUAGUAGGUUUGUGUUGGGGGGUUGUGGUUUUUUUGUAUUUAUACGUAACUAUAUUUCUACAAAAUCCUGUGUGGUUUAAGUAGAUUUUACAACCAUGUACUGUAUAAAAUAUCACCUGGGAAGCUCUGGCUGAGAAGGCCGGUAUGUUCUUAUUAAAUCCUACUGAGGAGCCUUUUUGUGUUGCAGUUCUAGUCAUCUUUCCAUCUUACAGAUGGUUAUUCAAUAAAAAGCUCAAAAUGCUAA